CUUAGGGGGCGUGCCCUCCCUGGGGAUAGGGGAAGGGCGUCUUGAAGAGGGCCGCCCAAGCAAGCAGGAGGCCUGGGGCCUGUCCCUUUGCAAGCCCUCCUCCCCGUCCCCCCAAACCCGGGGCAGAUCUUGCAUCGUCCCACCCUUCCCUCCUAUCUCCGCCCCCGAAUCGCGGACUCUGUACUCCUCCAGACGGCUCUCCGCCUCAGGAAGAUGGAGCGCUUCUUCUCCGGUCGCCGGGCUCUGGUGACAGGGGCGGGCAAAGGGAUCGGCCGGGCUGUGGCGGUAACCUUGAGCCGGGCCGGGGCCCUGGUGGUCGCGCUGAGCCAGACACAGGCGGACCUCGACAGCCUGCGGGAGGAGUGCCCUGGCAUUCAGACGCUGUGUGUGGACCUAGGAGAUUGGGAGGCUACAGAGGCAGCACUGAGCAAACUGGGGGACAUUGACCUGCUGGUGAAUAAUGCAGCUGUAGCAUUGCUGCAGCCAUUCCUAGAGGUGACCAAGGAAGCCUUUGACAGGUCUUUCAGUGUCAACCUUCGGGCUGCACUGCAUGUCUCGCAGAUUGUUGCUCGGAAGCUGAUUGCCCGGGGGGCACCAGGUGCGAUAGUGAAUGUCUCGAGCCAGGCUUCCCAUCGGGCUCUUGCUGAUCACACAGUUUACUGUUCCACCAAGAGUGCCUUGGACAUGCUGACAAAGACAAUGGCUCUGGAACUGGGGCCUCAUCGGAUCCGGGUAAACAGCGUGAACCCCACUGUGGUCAUGACUGCCAUGGGACGCCUCAACUGGACUGAUCCCCAGAAAGCUGGACCAAUGAUUAACCGCAUCCCACUGGGGAAGUUUGCAGAGGUGGACGAUGUUGUCAACAGCAUCCUCUUCCUGCUGGGUGACCAGAGCAACAUGACAACAGGGGCCAUGCUGCCAGUCGACGGUGGGUUCCUUGCCUGCUAAAGCAUGGUGUUGGCUUCAGUCUCUGUGGAAGCGUAUCCGCUCUGUGUGAGGAUCCUGUCUCAUCAUCCAGAGUUGCUGAAGCGGCAUGGAAGGAGUGAACAGAAUGGAGUGGGAGAUUCCAGAACUAGGAUCCACAGAACUAGUGAAGAAAAUGGACUGCGCCUAAACAAACCACACCCACUUACUUAUGGAGAAAUGUUUAUUGUAUAAAAUAAGAGGUGUUCAGCUCAUCACUCUACACGAUGAUUAAAAACUGGACCUGUCUCCCUCCCAACCCCUCCAAAGCUCUCCUUGCUCCAUCCCCCAUUCCACUACACUCAACAACAAGGAAAGGGUUGGCCAUCACCCUCCAUCCUACUUUUUGUUUGGUUUUUACACAAAGAUCCCUGCCCUACGGCCCUGUGCUGCUGCCCAGACUGGACAAAGCAGAGAGACCUUCCUCCCGAUAUUUGGGAGAGCUCAGGAGCAACACACAGGCUGAUGUCCUGAAAGGCAAAGGCAGCUUUGGGUGGCACAGAGCUGCAUUGAUCUCUUGGUUCCUGUCUCACACAAUAAAGCGCUAAUGGCUCCUCCUCCA